ACGGACGCGGAAAAGAAAUGGGUGCGCGCGGAGUUGAUCGAGGAAGAGCGCUUCGGCGCCGAAAGCUCGCGGGCACGCGACGCGCGCGCAGACUCGUGGGCGGCUAAGCGAGAGAGCGAGGCGCACGUCUAAAUAUACGACACUCGAGCGCGAGCUUUCCGGCCGUCAGGUACUCCCGUCGUCGUCGUCGUCGUCGUCGUCGUCGUCGUGCUCUCUUCCGCGGACUCAAGUGGAAGAGCGAGAGAGCCUCGUCCAACGCUUCGAGUGCGACGACACGAAGCGUGCUAUAUUUACAUCGAUCGCGCCCAUCGAGGCUCAUCUUUUCCCUCGGAGAAGAAAAAAGAAAACCGAGACGACUGCGCUCGCAGCCGAUACGACCUGCUGAUCUGGCGCCCAGCCAGCAAUCGUUUGGUUUCGCGUCGAAGAAUCGCCUGUCGGAGCUCGCCCCGAUUAAUGCGCAACGACAUUUCGCUCGUAGUUCGAUCGAGCGAUGAGCGGGCAGAGGCCGGAGGGGCGGCUGUCCGUCGUCACAAGCAGCGAGCUCGUAACGUCGUCGUCGCCCAACUCGCCGAGCUUCAUUCAACAGGACGAGGUGUCGUCGGAUUGCCCGCUGUUGACGCCGAGUCCACCACCGCACCUAGCCGCGGACGACGCUCCCACCUUCGGAGUUGACUCACCCGCUCAGCUCGAUCGGACGCUCAGCAACAUCAACAGCGAGGAUGGCCUGGCUUUUCUCAACAUCGUCAACAGCUCCUGUAAAGCCAUGCACGACGAGCCAAGCUCACGGGAUCCAAUGCUGGAGACGAGCAGCGAGGGCGGCAGCAGCAGCGACACCAACGAGCCCGUUUGCACGCAAUUGCUCACGCAAUUAAAUACCGCGUACACCCACUUAGCUCCGGACGCGCAAGCAUUGUUUUAUAAUCAGGGCGAGCCACCACUUACGGGAAUUCAAUUAGUCGUGCCAAAACCACCCAAGAAUUACAGUUUUAUGAGCUGGAAUUGGCCUGUCAUUCGCAAAACUUUUUUCUGGACAUUGAUGUCAAUAUUUGCCGGCUGUAUCGCUUUGGCCAUCGGUGUUAUUGCAACAAUGCCUAGGAAGUGCGAACCACCGGUUCAGUGGUGGCAAGGUAGCCUCUUUUACGAGAUAUUCCCAGCGUCAUUUCAAGACUCUUACGGCAAUGACGGAGUUGGCGAUUUACAAGGUAUAACCAAUCGACUGCAGUACAUUAACAGCCUAGGAGUUCAAACUAUUCGAUUAAACUCCAUAUUUCCGACCAACGAUUACCCUACCGACUAUGACAAAGAAGUUCAGAGCCUAAUGAAAAUUGAUCCAAGACUGGGAAGCCUAUCUGAUUUUGAUAAUAUGGUCUCAAAUAUUCGGAGUCGGAACAUGAAGAUUAUUCUGGAUUUGCCGCUUUAUCCGUACGUUAAGAAUUUCGGAGAUCACGUAGAGAAACGAAACCUAAGUGACCAUCAGGAGACGAUAACGAACACGGGACCAUUACCACCAUACCGAGAAACUAGAGAUACUUUGAAAACCGCUCCAUACGAGUAUCCGACUCGCGUUGAGCCUGUAAUUGUUUCGUCUCUGGAUGAUCACGAGCUCACUAAAGCCAUCAGAUUUUGGCAGCACAAAGGGGUCGAUGGCUUCUACCUCAAAGGUCUAGAACACUUUGUCAACGAGACCAAUUUUAUGCCAGCAUUGAGGCACUGGAAGACUAUUAUCGGCUCGGAAAGGAUAUUUAUGUGUAGCGAAAAAGCUCUGAACAAUGCAGUCUACACCGAUGCCAGAAAUGCGAUUAUGCACAGGGUAGACCUAAUCGAUGUUUUUCUCGCUGUAUCUAAUGACACCGAGAGCAUCAAAAGUCAAGUUAUUAAGAUAAUCAAGGGACCGUUGUUUGAAAAAUCUGGGUAUCCAUGGAUACAUUGGUCCACGGGAAGCGUUGAUAGUCCUCGAUUGGCAUCCACGUUACCAGUUGCCAAUGCCAGCGUGGCUAUUGCCAUGUUGGGUAUGAUGCUACCUGGUACACCUAAUAUUUUCUACGGGGAUGAGUUGGGAAUGUUGAAUUCUGAUAAGGCUGUUCAUCUUAAUCGAUACCAGUUGGCUUUUAUGAACUGGCUUCACACGAUCAAUAACGACGAUAAAAAGCCCGCAAGUAAGACUUGGAUGCCAACAUCCGCAGAACCAGCAGUUCCAAAUCUCAACAGCCUCAUUCAUGAAAUGGCAAAACUACGUGAAGAAACGCCGUCAAUUUAUGUUAAAAGUGUGGUUAAACAUAAUGAAGCUCAAGCUAAUUGUGAUGUCAGAUAUACUAAGGAUGAGGUCAUUGUAAUCGAAAGGUGGUAUCCACGACGAAAUACCUUCGUAUUUGUUGCAAAUCUAGGCAUAAAAACGCAAAUUAAAGAUCUAUCGGCAUUAUAUUAUGGAGGAUAUAUAGUAGUUGGGCCCGAUUACAAAUUACAUCAAAACAUAUACUUCAAAGAAUUAAUGAUUUCUCCUGGAGAGGCUUUUAUAAUUAAACUAGAUAAAUGAGAUAUGGAGAAAAAACUACUAACUUCUAGAUGAAGUGACAGAUUUAAAUGCUAUAUAACAGAGAAUGAAAAAACUGUUGAGAUUUUACAAAAUGUUUGAAUCUUUUAAUUAAUGAUGGAAAUAUACGAGGGGAAUGUCGCUCGAAUUAUCAAUAUUUCGCGACGUCGCUCUUUAUUCAUUGCCAAUGUUUACUUUUUUUUGGCUUUAAUUUCGAUAAUAGUUGAAACGUGUUGUAGUCCAUAAAAAAGAUAAUAUUUUUUAAAUAAAUGAACCAUUGAAAAUUUGCCUACAAACGAAGUUACAAUCUGAUUCAUUCAAAUAUUUUAUUUUUGAAAAGAGCGAUCAAAAUUUAUAUAAAUUAAUGACUUAUAUAAAACAAUCAAAAUGCAAUUUAAAACAAAAGAUUUACAUAUUUCAUUAUAGCUGUUGUUGAUUCUUAAAAUAUUUUUAUUUGAAAAGACUUGUUGAUACAUAUUAUUAACUAUGCAUUUCUUUAUGAUUUUAUCAGAAUAAUAAUUCAUUGUGAGCACUUGCUAAAGAAGAAAUAGAUGUAAAUGUUUUAGUUUUUAAAUUUCUUCGUGGACUAUGUUACGAAAAAUGUUGUUUUCGCUGUAUAGUAUGUAGAGACUUUUUUCACAAUCUGUAAAACUAUUUGUCCCUUACGAGAAAUCUGUUGCAGCAUUUUGAUACACCUUUUUCCUUUAAUCUGAUAAUAACAGACUGAUUUCGGAUCGAAAUUGGUAUCAAUGAAAUAUAUACUUUUUAUAUAUAUUUUUUAAUAAUCAAAAUAUUUUAACGUUUAUAAAUCUAUGUAAACUUAAAGAAAAAAAUACUAUAAAUUGCAAAAACUAUUAUGUUUUUAAAACAUUUUUUACGUCUUUAAAGAGUAUGUAAUAUGAAAUCUGCUGAAAAUCUAAACAUUUCAUGAAAGUUGUAGAUGAUUUUUUAAGAUUUUUUAAAUUAAUAUAUUUUUUUAUUGUAAUAUAAUUAUUUUUAUAUCGAAUGUAAUAGGCAUGAGAGGGAUUUCAUGCAUAUAACAAUAUUUGAUGUAAAAUAGAUUAUAGAUAUUAAAACUCAACGAAAUAUGAUGUCAGUAAUCGUAUACCCAGUGAAUAUUAAAAAGUUAGAAAUGAAAAAUUUUAUUAAAAAGCAAUGAAAAUACAAUAUUUUAAAUAGUAUUUUGAAUGAUUCGUUUAAAAAUAAUAAUCAAUUUUAAUUCCUAUCAAAUUGAUUAUUAUUUUUAAAGGGACGUCGAUGAAUAAAUGGAUAAAGCGAAUUAGUUAUAAUUAGUAGAAUAUAAAAAAUGCCUUCUUACUAUGGCAGUGUUAUUAUUAUUUAUAUGUUUGUAUACUUUUUUGAUACUUUUAAAGUACGUUAUGUAUUUUUUAAGAUAAAAGAUUUGUUGAAAUCUCAUGGCGCCAAAUGAAAUACCUGCGUAUUUUUUGACAUUAUUCAAAAUAUUAUUUUAUUACACGAUUCAAAUAAUUUUGUACAUGAGAGCUUAAAGAGAGUCUCGAUAUUUCCGUUAUGCUCUUUAUUUCUUCAUAGUUUUAAGUAGAUUAUAAUGAAAAUGAAUAUACCUAUGUGUAAUAAUAGUUGUGUCAAUAUACGUAAAAAUUAAAAAAAAUGUAAGA